GUUCAGUCACGUGUCUCCUGCUUCAUCCAAAAGUGUAUAAAGUUUCUGCUUUCUGUCUAUUUGCUCAGAUUCGAGCCAGCAGAGCAUUUAAACAGAGAGUGACAAUGAAGGUCUGGUUUCUGCUGUUUCUGCUGCUGCCACUUUGCCUUACUACAGGUGUUGCAGCACAAUUUAAAAUUGAAUGCUAUGGAGAGGAUUUCCUAAUGGUGAGGAACAUGGUCCUGCAUUGUUCAAGCAAGGUUCAGCAGGCUUGUUACACCAGAUCAUCUGGAGAGAAGGGCUGCAUUCGAACAGAAUUCUGUAAGAGACCUGGCUGGACCUGCUGCAACACAAAACUCUGCAAUGACAAACCCAGAGAGAGCAAGCCUGACAUCAAGAGUUAAA